AUGGGUCAAGACAUCGAAGCCUACGUAAAGUCUUGCGGACAUUGUAUCAAGAAUGCCGCAGAUCCAAUCAAGGUUCCUCUGCAACCGUGGCCGGACACCCAGGAGCCGUGGUCCCGGAUCCACCUCGACUUCGCGGAACCUCAAAAAGGGAAAACGUUCCUCGUAAUCGUCGACAGCUUCUCCAAAUUCGUCGAUGCGGCUCGGCUCUCGCCGGCAACAAGCCGAGCUCUCGUGGCCUAUCUCCGCAACUUAUUCCGUCUCUUCGGGCCACCGGAUACCAUGGUGUCUGACAACGGCGGCCCGUUCGUGUCGGUUGAAUUCGCUAAACUGUGCGCGGAUUCCAAUAUCAUUCAUCUCCGAUGCGCUCCUCGCUGUCCCCAAAGCAACGGCCAAGCGGAAAGGAUGGUCGGAACGUUGAAAAACUCGAUCACCUCCGAUCCUGCCUCAUUGGAUGCCGCUGUGGCCGCAUAUAACUACACGCCGAACUCUACGAUCGGAAAUGAAACCCCAGCUGAGGUGUUUUUCGGCCGUAAGAUCAGGACUCCUCUAGAGGUUCUGGCGCGGAAGCCUGUUGACGUUCCUCGUACGGAGGGUCAGGAGAAGAUGGAAGCAUACUACAAUCGUCAUCACGGCGCCAAACCGCGCUCUUUCUCCAUCGGGGAAACGGUAACGAUCGCUCUCGCUGAUGGGAGUACGGCUGUUAGAUUCUUGAAGGCUCAGGUUCCUGCUGCUAGCACAGUGGACCGAGGGUGGUUUACUGGACACUAA